AUGGAUGAAUGUGUUGAAAUUCUGGAAAACUCACCCGAUGCCCUACCUUCUGACAAGUACGUCAUACACUGGGCCAAGCUGGCGCGCAUCAUUGAAGAAAUCAGUGCAAGAUUCUUUCUGGAUGAUCUCGGUGUUCAGUCAUUCUACGAACCGCAUUCCCAAUUCACCCUGAAGGCGUUCGAGCGACAGCUGGAACAAUGGAAGACGGAGGCUUUCAAUAACCACAACACAGCUCUCAUGAUACAAGCGGAAGCCAUCGUCAACGUCUACCUUCAUGAACAUUCAAUGGCUCUGGAAAACCCAGAUGAGUACGGAAAAGAGACAGAGGUAGACAUUGGUAGUCCUCAUAUGACGGCUCGUAUAAGCGCUCUCAGCUCCACGCUUUCAUCUAUCCACCGAUCCAUCGAUGCAAUCUGCUCCGUCCCCGUCAGGGAGCUUAUUAACAUACCUACAGUAAGCCUGGCGCGGACAGCUUUUGCUAUUGUCGCCUUGAUCAAGCUUUACUCAAUCGUGACAGCACCGGGCUCCUAUAUCGGGCAGGUGAUAGAGCCCAACAACCUGCAAGUCGACUGCUACCUAGAUAAGGUGAUCGCCCACUACACAGCUGCAGGGAGUCUUUCAGGCGGAGUCACUCCAGCCAAGUUUUCUACAGUCUUGUCUAUGCUGAGGGAUUGGUUCAAGUCGCGCAAAGACCAGCAUGGGGUGCUGAAGGAUUCCCUUGAGACUUCUACAAAGGGAGAUGUGGUCACGGCGCUCAAAGCAGCCACGGACCAGCAAAACCAGGCCACGAAUGCAGCCGGCCCCACUCCACUCCACGUCCUCAGCGCAGUCGCGACAAACGAUCCUAAGAACCAAUCCUCACAGCAACAACAACAUUCAUACCCACACGCCGGGUACCCCACAGACCCAAACAUCUCCCAACAACACCAAUCGCCCUCAGGCCUCAUCCAAUCCCUCCCACCCUGCAUCGGAAUCAACCCCUCCGCCUGCCCACAACCCGCCACAACAACCUCCUCUGACCCAAAAACUACCGACUCCUGGACCCCCUACGCCUCCCAACGCCAAUUCUACCCAACAACAACAGCAACAUCCCCCUUCGGCACAACCGCUUCCCCAAACCAGAACCAACCCGCCUCCGCACCCGCGCCGGGCUACCCAGAUCUCACCGGGAGUACAUCCGGCGGCGGUGGGAUGAUGAUGCCCUCGACCCCCGGCGUGUUCGCUCCCGAGUUCGGUAUCCAGAUGAAUUAUACGGAUCCGAACCUCUUCGCGUUUUAUGAGUGGUUGGGCGAUGGCGUGUCGAAUUUCCCCGUCCCGCCUGAAGGGACAGGGUUCUUUUGA